AUGCAAUCUCCGCUAUCGGCAAAUGAUAAUAGUCAAGAAUGUGCAAAUAACAAUAGUGAUGGUCGAGGCGUUCAUUUGAUAUAUUCAGAAUAUGAUUGUGCUCCAUCGGAAAUCGAUGUUGAAGUAAUCGAAGGAGCUAAACAUUAUUGGUGGCAAAGUUCAAAAUCGAGUGGAAGAGAAGUAUGUCUCGUUUACUCCGAUUACGAUGAACCAUCUUCCGAGACGAGCGUCGAAAUGAAUCAAUUAUUUCACAAUAACAAAAUUAACGGCCGUGAAGUUCGUUUAAUUUAUUCUGAGUACGAUGAGCCUCCAUCAGAGACAGAUGUUGAAUAUGAUGGACGUCCAUGGUGCUCUAUUUUUGGUAAUCCAGCACUUUGGAAAAUUCGAGAUGAAGGUCGUGAAACGCAUUUAAUCUAUUCUGAUUAUACAGAACCGAAGUCUGAAGCAGCCGUUGAAAUUGAAUACGAUAGUGAUUUAGAAACUUCCGAUGAAGAGCUAAACACAGGACGUCCACCGAAAUUUCGCUCCAUCUAUGUUAGAGAUUCGAUAGAGCUUAUUGAACAAAGUUCGAUUCUUGUAGAAAAAUCUGUAAUGCCGGUCCAACAUCUUAGUAAUAUGGAACAGUUACUUGCAUUUGCGGAUAAUACAAAAAGUGAUUCAUCGAUGCUAUCAGCAAUUUCGAAUGAUUGUGAUACAGCACUGGGGAAUUCAUUUUCAAUGGAUCAGAAUGCUUCUUCGAAUUCCGGUUAA